AUGGUUUUUCAGGUUAGGGUUUGGAAAGAAUUACAACUACAGAGAUAGAGAAUACAUAAUAGGGGAAGGAGGACAAAGAAGAAAGACAAGAAAAAUCAGGGAAGGAAAUGCCUCUGUUCCUGACGGAUGAGGAAUUCGAGCGUUGCUCUCACGACCCAAUUUUGGUUGCGGAGAAGGCAGAUGCAUUCAUCAGGCAGCUAUACAACCAACUGGAGACGGUGAAGGCUCAGGCUGAUGCCGCCUCUAUCACCGCCGAACAGACCUGCUCCCUACUCGAGCAGAAAUACGUUUCUCUCUCUUCUGAAUUCUCCGCUCUCCAAUCUCAGCAAUCCCAACUCAACUCUUCUCUCGAUCAACGCCUCUCCGAACUUGCUCAACUCCAAGCCGACAAGCACCAGCUUCACCUCCUUUCUACUGGCAAGGAUGGGGAGAUUGAACGCUUGUCUACAGAGGUAUCCGAGCUUCAUAAAUCGAAAAGGCAAUUGAUGGAAUUGUUGGAGAACAAGGAUUUAGAGAUCAGUGAGAAAAAUGCCACCAUCAAAAGCUAUCUCGAUAAGAUAGUCACUUUAUCUGAUAAUACUGCAUCAAAGGAAGCACGAUUAAGUGACUUGGAGUCUGAAUUAGCUCGCUCUCAAGCUUCCUGUUCACAGCUUCUGCAGGAGAAGGAACUAAUUGAGAGGCAUCACACAUGGCUUAAUGACGAGUUAACUACCAAAGUCAAUGAUCUCAUAAACCUUCGUAAAACUCAUUCCAAACUUGAGGCAGACAUGUCUGUUAAACUUUCUGAUGUAGAGAGGAAGUUCAGUGAAAGUUCUAGAUCUUUGACAUGGUACAAGGACAGAGUAAGGGAGCUGGAGUUGAAGUUGGCAUCCUUGGAGCAGGAGCUGUUAUCAUCAAAGGAUGCAGCUUCUAGGACAGAGGAACAAUCAUCUGCUGAGAUUUCUACUUUAAACAAGCUUGUGGAACUAUAUAAAGAGAGCUCGGAGGAGUGGUCUAAAAAGGCAGGGGAACUUGAGGGCGUGAUUAAGGCAUUGGAAGCUCAUUCAAACCAAAUUGAAACUGACUAUAAAGAGAAGCUUGAGAAGGAAGUUUCAACAAGGAAAGAAUUAGAAGAGGCACUUGCAUCUUUAAAGGAAAAACUUGCAACUUGUGAAGCAGAGUUGGAAAAAAGCAAGGUAGAGAGUAAAACAAUGCCUCUGAGUAGUUUAAGUACAGAAUUGUUUGUGCCCUCAGUUCCAUCAACCGAGAUGAUUGAAGAUGAUCGCUGGCUUGUACCUAGUAUUCCAGCUGGUGUUUCAGGAACAGCAUUGGCUGCAUCACUUCUUCGUGAUGGUUGGAGUCUGGUCAAGAUUUACACGAAAUAUCAGGAAGCUGUUGAUGCAUUGCGUCAUGAGCAACUUGGGAGAAAACAAUCUCAAGCUAUCUUGGAGCGGGUACUUCAUGAAAUUGAGGAGAAAGCUGGAAUCAUAUUGGAUGAACGAGAGGAGCAUGAAAGGUUGGUGGAGGGAUACUCUGCACUAGAUGAAAAGCUGAAGCAUUCUCUUUCUGAAAAAGCCACUUUAGAGAGUAAAAUUGAAGAUUUAAAGGCUGAUUUGCGAAGAUGUGAGCGUGACUACGUAGUAGCUCAGAGAGAGAAUCUUGACCUCCAAAAGCAGGUUACUUUGCUUUUGAAGGAGUGCCGUGAUAUACAACUCCGGUGUGGGUCAGUGGAGCAUAAAAGUGUCUAUGAGAAUAUGGCUAUUGCUGAAAGUGAUGCUGAUAAUGCUGAAAGUCUGUUGAGCUUCAAGGAUAUAAGUGGAUUAGUUGAACAGAAUGCCCAAUUACGGAGUCUUGUUCGCAACCUUACUUGUCAGAUUGAAACCAGAGAAUUAGAGUGGAAGGAUAAGUUUGAAAAAGAGCUUCAGAAACAAAUUGAUGAUGCUUCGUCCAAAGUAAAUGCAAUUUUAGCAAGAGCUGAUGAGCAAGGGCGUAUGGUUGAGUCACUUCAUACAUCUGUGGCAAUGUACAAAAAGUUAUAUGAAGAGGAACAUAGGCUUCGCACUUCUGAUAGGAAAUCUCCACAAGAUUCAACAGAGGAUCAAAGGACAGAAACAAUGAUUUUGACUGAAUCGUCCCAGGGGGUGUCACAGAAGGCACAAGAGCAUAGACUAGAGCGUCUUAAGUGCAUUGAAGAUGAACUGGUGAAAUUACGGACUGAAGUAAUAUCUUUACGAUCAGAGCGUGACAAAUCAGCUUUGGAAGCACAAUUUGCACAGGGGAAACUUGAUAGAUUUCUGAAAGAAUUUGAACACCUGAGAGAGGAACACAAUGCUGUCCUUUCAAGGAAUGUGGAGUUCUCACAGUUGAUUGUUGACUACCAAAAGAAGCUGCGUGAAAACUCUGAGUCAUGUACUGCUGCUGAGGAGCUUUCAAGAAAGUUAAAAAUGGAGGUUUCAAUUCUUAAGCACGAGAAGGAAAUUUUGGUUCGUUCAGAAAAGAGAGCGUCUGAUGAAGUUCGUAGUUUAUCUGAGAGGGUUCACCGUUUGCAGGCCAGUUUAGAUACUAUUCAAAGCACUGAGGAAGUUCGUGAGGAGGCUAGGGGUGCUGAGAGGAGAAAGCAAGAGGAAUAUAUUAAGCACAUUGAGAAAGAAUGGGCUGAAGCUAAGAAAGAGUUGCAAGAAGAGCGUAAUAAUGUCCGAAAUCUUACACUUGUGCGGGAAAAUGAUUUGAAGAGUGCACUGAGACAAGUUGAAGAAAUGGGAAAGGAAUUGGCAAACUCCUUGCAUUCCCUAUCUAUGGUUGAGUCUAGGGCUGCUGUUGCAGAGGCACGGGCUGCUGGUUUGGAAGAAAAAUUGCAGUCUUCACAUACUAAGAUCUCUGACAUAGAUGGUGGAAGUGGUCCUUCAUCCUCUUCUAGUGAGAAGAUUGUUGCGGACCUGUGUACUGCCCAAGAGGAAAUAAAAAAUUUGAGAGAAGAAGUAAAGUUUUGCAAGGAUCAUAUGCUGCAGUAUAAAAGCAUUGCUCAGGCAAAUGAAGAGGCAUUGAAACAGAUGGAACAGGCUCAUGAGAACUUCAAAGUUGAGGCUGAUAACAUGAAGAAUUCUCUUGAAGAGGAAAUUUUAUUGCUUAGAAAGCGGGCUAAGGAACUUGAAGGUGAAUGUGACUUGAGGACUAAGGAGGCUGCUUCUGCAAAUGCUGGAAAAGACGAGGAACUCGCAGCUGCCUUUUCUGAAAUUGCCCAUCUUAAAGAAGAUUGUUGUUUAAAGAUGUCCCAAAUUGGAGUCAUGGAGAUACAAAUUUCUUCAUUGAAAGAUGAUUUGGAGAAAGAGCACCAAAGGUGGCAAGCUGCUCAAGCUAAUUAUGAAAGACAGGUAAUUCUGCAGUCGGAAACUAUUCAAGAGUUGACAAGAACAUCUCAAGCUUUGGCUUCGCUGCAAGAAGAAACAUCUAAGCUACAUAAGAUGUCAGAUGCACUAAAAUCUGAAAAUAUUGAACUGAAGGCUAAGUGGGAUGCAGAAAAGAAAGAGCUUGAAGAAUUAAAAAGUGAAGCUGAUAAGAAAUUCAAUGAGGUCAAUGAACAGAACAAAAUAUUGUUGAGUCGGCUCGAGGCUAUUCACAUCAAGCAGGCCGAGAAGGAUCGUGUUUCGGCUGGAAUUAGUUCUGGAACCACUGCUACAGAAAUUGAUGAUGGGUUACUGAAUGUUGUUAACUAUUUAAGGAGAUCAAAGGAAAUUGCAGAAACAGAAAUCUCAUUGCUGAAACAGGAAAGACUCCGCCUGCAAUCUCAGCUUGAGAAUGCUCUUAAGGCAGCAGAGACAGCAGAAGCAUCAUAUCGUGCUGAACGGGAUAAUUCUAAGGCCUUAUUAUAUAGAGAAGAGGAGUUUAAAGGCCUACAGCUUCAGAUUAGAGAGUUGAACUUGCUUCGAGAGAGCAAUUUGCAGCUUAGAGAGGAGAACAGACAUAAUUUCGAAGAGUGCCAGAAACUCCGUGAAACUGCCCAGAAAGCAAGGUCUGAAGCAGAUGAUCUUGAAAAGUUUCUCAAGGACAGAGAACAUGAGGUGGAAGCUUUUAGGAAGGAGGCUGAUAUUCAAAGAAUGGAGAAACAGCAUCUUGAGAAAAGGAUUGAUGAGUUGGUUGAGAAGUGCAAGAGCUUUGACAUGGAAGAUUAUGAGCGUGUUAGAGAAGCUGUUCGGCAGAUGCAGGAAACUCUGAAGGAAAAGGAUGAUCAGUUGGAGGAAAUUAGGAAGCAUGUCUCUGAGAGGCAAGAGUUGAUAUCAAAACUAGAGCAAGACCUUGCAAGGAACAGAGUGGAAUUGAGCCAGAGGGAGUCUAGAAUAAAUGAGCUUUUGCAAGCUGAGGCCACUUUAAGAUCUGAACUCGAUAAAAUGAAGAGGUCAACAAAUCUACAAAAGAAGAAGUUUGAGAAUCUAGUGAAGGAAAAAGAUGAACUGAACAAAGAGAACCAAGUUCUGUUGAAGAAUUUGGAAGAAGCUCGGCAAGGGAGAAGAAAUGUUGGUGAUGCUAUUACUGAGCAGGCUUUAAAAGAGAAGGAGAAGGAGAAAGACACCAGAAUACAGAUGUUGGAGAAAACAUUAGAAAGGCACAGGGAGGAGUUGAAGAGAGAAAAAGAAGAACAUAGGACAGAAAAAGCAAGGCGUUUGAAGACUCAAAGGACAUGUACGGAGUCCAUUGAGACUGUCAAACAGCAACAAUCAAAGCUAUUAGAUGAACUUGAGAAGCAUAAGCAGGCUCUUAAAAUGUUCACAGAUGAGGGUGAGAAGUCGAGGCAACCCAAAGGUGGUCAGUCUGAGGGUACAUCAGUGGAUCUGCUUCUUGCUGGAACCCGAUUAGCAGACUUCACUGCUGCUUAUCUCCAGGCUGUUAAUAAUUUUGAACAAGUUGUUCAACCUAUUUGCAUUGAGGCUGGAGUUUCCACUGCUGCAGACAUUUCUUCUGGUCCAGAGAUUUCAUUAUCAAGUGGUCCUGCAGUAUCUUUAGUGCUACCAACCAGUUCGACAAAAACUGAAGAUGAAAGAGAGAAGAGAUUAGUGUCGUCAAAGAUGAGCUCUGAAACCCGUAAAACAGGGAGGAAGCUGGUCCGUCCUCGUAUCCUGAAACCUGAAGAGCUUCAUGAUGAUAUAGAGAUGCAAGAAGUGGAUGCAACUGCCAGCAGUGGAAAGCCCUUGGCUUCUCAUGCUGUGGAAACUCAAGAGAAUCCCAUGCCAACAUCUCAGCCAUCUGUUCGUAAGCGUCCGUCUGCUACGUCUACUUCAGAGUUACAAGAAGAAACUCCGACUUCAGAAGAAGCAAGCACUCACAUGCAGCCAGUGCUGAAAAAGCCCAAGGGUCCAGAAACCUCACAGGAGGGUGGCGAAGUAAAAUCUGUGGUUAAUUUAGUUCCCGAGUCUGUUCUUGCUACUGAAGAAUAUGAUGUUGGAGAUCUGACCCAGGGUUUUAAGGAGGAAGAUGAUGAAAAGGACGAAGCAGGGUCUGCAGGGGAACAGGGUGAAGAUGUUUCAGUAGAUGCAAUAAAUCAUGCCAACUUGCAGAAUGACAGAAGUGACGUGGUAGAUGACAUUUUGGAUAGGUCUGGUGUAACAGCUAUACAGGAUGAUGAUCAAUUGAACUUUCAGGUGCAACAAGAUAUUCAUCAGACAGCAAUAGAAUCUGGAAGCGAAAAGGAAGAGGGAGAGCUAGUUGCAGAUAUUACUGAUAUUGAAGGUGGCAGUAACCUGUCAAUGGGAAGUCCAGAUGUUGAAGGCCAGUCUGAGCAAACAGUAACGCCUGAGAAUUUAACUGGUGUAGAUGAAGAUCCCUUUAUUAAUAUGGCCUCUGAAACUGGUGAGGUUGAUUCUUCUCGUGUUCUUGAUGAUGAGAAGACUGAUGGAGGUGAAGAAUUAGUUGAAGUUCAAGACAAAAUGAAUGAUGGUAGUGAUCGGGUGAUGGCAGAAACUGAUCAGGUCCCAGAAAGUGUGCCGACUACUAGCGAGAAACCAUCUACCAGCAACAAUCCUGUUGCGGACUUGAAGGAAGAGAAUCCGGGUAUUGCAACAGACACAGAGGAAGCAACGCAAUCAACUGUUACUAGCAGAAGCUCAACUACAAUUAAUUUGAUGGAGAGGGCAAGGGAAAGGGCAAGGGAGAGACAAGGACAGCAUACUACUCUUGCACACCCCUCUGCUCCGACCAGGGCCCGUGGUAGACUACUUCGAGGUCGUCAAGUACGUGGUGGGCGUAGUGGGCGUGGGCAAACACCUGGUUAAAUAUUGUAAAUCAUAGGAUGUUUCAGUGCGUAACAGGCACACUAAGUUGAAAUGGUGAAUAAGUGUGGCGGAUGAGGUCCUUUAUUGGGAAGGACCGGAACAAUUUGGUUUGAUUUACUUUGAGACUGUAGCCUUAGUAUUAAAUAUUUACCUUUCAGAACUGAACUAUAUUCUGGUUAGCUAUUUUUUUUUAAAAAAAUAUUCUGGUUAGCUCUA